UCAAAUUUCAGUACGCCAUGUUUGCGAGAAGAGCUCCUUUGCAAGUUAGCGGAGCCAGUUAGAGAUUGUUGCCACAAAGUUACUGUUGUAGGUGCUGGUAUGGUCGGCGUUGCUGUCGCCAAUUCGCUUCUCUUACAGAGAAUCACUUCGCAUAUCGCGAUGGUAGAUGCCUUCCCCAAAAAACUGGAAGGCGAAGGAAUGGACUUUGUUCACGGCUCUGUUUUUAUGGGAGAUCCAAAGAUCGAUUACGAUACUGAUUUUUGCGUGACGAGAAAUUCGAAGGUCGUAGUGGUCGCCGCGGGUGUCCGGCCGGUAAAGGGAGAGACUCGGCUUGAUUUGGUUCAAAGAAAUAUGGAAAUAAUGAAAAGUAUAAUACCGCCGCUGGUGAGCUACAGCCCGAGUGCGGUGUUCGUCGUCAUCAGUAAUCCAGUGGAUAUUCUGACUUGGAUCACUUGGAAACUAAGCGGACUCCCAGUCCAUCAGGUAAUCGGUAGCGGAACCCAUAUAGACAGCGCAAGAUUUCGUUACCUGAUCGCCGAUCGACUAGGAAUUGCACCGACUUCGGUACACGGAUAUGUCAUCGGCGAACACGGGGAUAGUCAGGUUCCGCUGUGGUCUGGAGUGAACGUCGCAGGUGUGCAGUUCCGCGACAUAAUCCCGAAUAUCGGUCUAGAUACGGAUGACGAAAAAUGGAAUGAAAUAUCGAAGGAAGUCGUGAGACUAGGCGCCAUGGUGCGAUGUUUGAAAGGAUAUUCAAAUACGGCCAUUGGACUAUCCGUAGGCAACAUCGUAUCGGCGAUAUUAAAUAAUACGCAAGCGAUUAUACCAGUUUCGACUUUGAUCAAGGGUCAUCAUGACGUGUGCCACGAAAUAUUCCUGUCUUUACCCUGCGCGAUCGGCGAAAACGGCAUCACGCAGAUCGUACGAAUGCGUAUAACCGAGUUCGAGAAGAAGCUGUUCCAGACUUCGGCGAACGUUGUGCACAACGUGCAGAAGGACGUCAAGCCUUGA